AUGUCCGCUGAGAAGGAGGGUAGCGCCCCUGCUGUCGAGCACUUGAACAUCAAGGUCACCGACAACAACAAUGAGGUCUUUUUCAAGAUCAAGCGAUCGACUCAGCUGAAGAAGCUGAUGGAUGCCUUCUGUGAGCGUCAGGGCAAGCAAAUGGCCACAGUUCGUUUCCUGUUUGACGGAACCCGUGUUCGCCCCGAAGACACACCGGACACCCUGGAUAUGGCCGACGGCGACACCCUCGAGGUCCACCAGGAGCAGAUUGGUGGAUAG